CUGCAGCUGAACCAGGUGGCGGACGACCCUCUGAAGCGUCCGGUGGUUUACGUCAAGGGAAACGACGCCGUCAAGCUCAUGAACAUCGUCAACAAGCAGAAAGUCGCCCGCGCUCGGAUUCAGCACCGGCCGCCCAGGAGCUCCAUGAACAGGAUGGCCAUCCAGGCCCUGGAGAAGAUGGAGACCCGGAAGUUCAAGGCCAAAGGGAAGGGCCAGCGCGAGAGCAGCUGCGGGGCGUCUGAUUCGCUGAGCAGCAGCUCCACCUCGGACUGCGCCAUCUGUCUGGAGAAGUACAUCGACGGGGAGGAGCUCCGGGUUAUCCCCUGUGCGCACAGAUUUCAUAAGAAGUGCGUCGACCCCUGGCUGCUGCAGCACCACACCUGUCCCCACUGCAGACACAACAUCAUCGUGGGGACAGGUGUGGUGCUGCAGCAGCCAGGGGUCGACGCACUUCUUAUGAAAUCUGUGCGCACAGGGGAUAACCCGGAGCUCCUGAAGUCCGCGCCGGCCUUCCUCAGGAGCUACCACCACCACCUGGAGCACUCGCUGCCCCCCCCCCACCACUGCGGGCCUCCGCACCACGCCGCCUUCAAACGGCCCAAGUUCCACGGCCGCAACUUCUCGCGGGCGGCCUGCUUCUCGCAGUACGAGACCAUGUACCAGCACUACUACUUUCAGGGACUGACUUUCCCCCAGCAGCAGCAGCCCGACGGGGGCCAGGGCCCCCCGGCUUUAACGGGGACCGGGGGUGGAGUCCAUAAGGGAGUCCACCACCACGGAAGGGCCUUCCAGCAGGGGCUGCUCUACCCCACGGUGGUGCACAUGGCGCCGGCCUCUUCCUCCUCCUCGUCCCGGGUUGGCGAUGGUGGCGGAGGUGGUAGCGGUAGCGCCUCGGGCCUGAGCUGCUACCACCACCGCUCGGUGUGCAGCGGGUACCUGGCGGACUGCCCCGGCAGCGAUAGCAGCAGCAGCAGCAGUUCGGGCCAGUGCCACUGCUCCUCCAGCGACUCCAUGCUGGACUGCACCGAGGUCAGCAACCAGGGCGUGUACGGGAGCUGCUCCACCUUCCGCAGCUCGCUCAGCAGCGACUACGACCCCUACGUGUACCGGAGUAAGAGCCCCUGCCGGGGGUCCGCCGCGGAGGCCUGUGGCUCCGCCCCCUCGGAGGACACGCCCCCAACCGCCGCCAACGCUAACGCUACAGCCAACGCCACCGCCAUUGGACAUGACUGCCUCCAGCUCCCUCCAGGAGCUUCGGGAUAUAACUCGGGGGACCACCUCUCCAACUGCAGUUUGGAGCCCAACUACAGCAGUCGUUCGUCACUGGAACCCAGGGAGAACAACACCAGCCACGCCAGCACUACCUCAGCCGGGCCUCUAGAUGGCGGCGUAUCCGACAGGGGACAGUUGGGACCGGAGGAGUGCGGGGAGCUCGGGGCCUCGGCGGCCUGCAGCUGCUGUUUCGAGGUAAUCCCCCCCAGCGUGGAGUGCAAAGGGCAGGACUCGGACCAACCCGGGCCGAUGGCCUCGGGACGCUGUCGCAGGAUGGUGGACUUUCAGACCCCCGGGUCCAAGAACUACUUCCCCCCCGAGCAAAUGCGGCCCUCCUCCGAGCAGGUGAGCUAUGAAGGGCUGCCCUGCUGCUUCUACAAAGAGAUCUCGAAGGUCCACCGGGCCUCGGCGGGGCGAUACCCCGAGGACUACGCCGUGAACGUGCAGUACGCGCACGCGGGGGACCCGGAGGCCUGCUGCGAACUCAACCAGAGGAUACCCAUAAUCCCCGAGGACACGGAUUGCGAACCGGGAUCGGGCCCGGACCGGUCGCCCGUCGCCAUGGCGGCGGAGUUGCGGACAGCUGAGCAAGUCGAGCCCCAGGAGAGGUACUUCCCCUCGGGACAGUUCAGAGGUCAGGGGUACCUCCAGGAGGAGGAGACCAGGGCCUUGUUCCGGCCUCGGAUACCCGCGAGCCCAACUGCACUGGGAAGCAGUACUACGGGAAAUUAG